CUUGCAGAUGAGGAAUCAGAUGUUGUAUCAACUCGAACUGGGAAAUUUAUUAGUUUGGAGCUUGGAAAAUGCUCAGAGACAAGAAGUGAGGCUUGGAGUGAUCCAAAUGGUGGGAAAAACUCGCUUAAAAGACUGUUGAAGACUAAGAAGUAUAAAAACAGUAGUAACAGCAAAAGUAGCACAAGUGUUGUCUGUGUAAAUGGAGUUCCCGGGAUUGGGAAAACAGAGCUAGCUCUUGAAUUUGCUUACCGGUAUUCUCAGAGGUAUAAGAUGGUUUUGUGGGUCGGAGGGGAAGCUCGGUACUUCAGACAGAACCUGUUGAAUCUGUCAUUCAGCUUGGGGCUUGAUGUUAGCGCUGAUGCUGAGAAGGAUAGAGGCAGGCUAAGGAGCUUUGAUGAACAGGAGUUUGAAGCUUUCAAGAGAAUAAAGCGUGAGCUUUUCAGAGAAAUGCCUUAU